AUGCAGUGGGGAACAGAUGACAUGUGUCUGGAUCAGGAGCUGCUGUUGCCUGAGCCCCACAGCCUCCAGAACAGCCCAGGAGAAACAGUCCCUUGUGCUGUGCUGUGCCGAAUCGCUCCGUCGUGUCCAACUCUUUUCAACCCCAAGGACUGUAGCCUGCCAGGCUCCUCUGUCCAUGGGGAUUCUCCAGACAAGAAUACUGGAAUGGGUUGCCAUGCCCUCCUCCAGGGGAUCUUCCCAACCCAGGGAUCAAACCCAAGUCUCCCGCAUUGCAGCUGGAUUCUUUACCGGUUGAGCUACCAGGGAAGUCCCGCGAGUCACUUAGGUGAUUUCAAAUUUUCUGGUAUCAUAUUGAAAAAAAAAAAGCAACAGAUACAAUUAAUUUUAAGACUAUAG